GCCGCCGGCGGUCGUGCGGCGUUCGGGAGUUCAGCUGCGGCCAGGAUCUGCGCGGGGGCCCCGGGGCCUGGGCGAGACCUCGGCCGCGACCUGCAUCCCUUGACUGUUCUACGCGCGGGUGCUCCGCCUCUCGGUCCGCCUUUUCUCCCGGGUAGCUCCACCCAAUUGGACCCGGGCUGUGGCGGCAGAGAAGAUGCCGCAGUCCGAGUCUUGGAAGACCGCGAUCCUGGGCUGUCGGCGCCUGGGAAAUUGAAAAUGAUACUUCAGCUAUGCUAGGUCUAUAAUGGGAAGUGUCACAAUUCGAUAUUUUUGUUAUGGAUGCCUUUUUACAUCUGUGACUUGGACGGCUUUGCUCUUUGUUUAUUUCAACUUCAGUGAAGUGACUCAGCCACUUAAGAAUGUGCCCAUCAAGGGGUCUGGGCCCCAUGGACCAUUCCCCAAAAAAUUCUAUCCUCGUUUUACUCGAGGUCCCAGUCGAGUAUUUGAGCCACAGUUCAAAGCAAACAAGAUUGGUGACAUGGUAGAUAAUCAAAAUGAUGAUCCAGGAAAAGACAGCAUGAAAUUCUCCCCUGAAUUGGGUAUGAUUUUUAACAAACAUGAUCAGGAGUUGAGAGACUUGGGCUAUCAGAAACAUGCCUUUAAUAUGCUUAUUAGUAACCGCUUGGGCUACCAUAGAGAUGUGCCAGAUACAAGGAAUGCACUAUGUAAAGAAAAGUCUUACCCAACUGAUCUUCCAAUUGCUAGCAUUGUUGUUUGUUUCUACAAUGAAGCCUUCUCUGCCUUGCUGCGGACAGUGCACAGUGUCAUAGAUAGGACUCCAGCACAUCUUCUUCAUGAAAUUAUCCUAGUGGAUGAUGAUAGUGAUUUUGAUGAUUUGAAAGGAGAACUAGAUGAAUAUAUCCAAAAAUAUCUCCCUGGAAAAACUAAAGUAAUAAGAAAUAUGAAGCGUGAGGGAUUGAUUCGAGGAAGAAUGAUUGGAGCAGCACACGCCACAGGAGAAGUUCUUGUAUUCCUAGAUAGCCACUGUGAAGUGAAUGAAAUGUGGUUACAGCCCUUGCUGGCCGUGAUCCAGGAAGACCGUAAAACUGUGGUGUGCCCGGUGAUUGAUAUCAUCAGUGCUGAUACGCUCACGUACAGCUCAUCUCCUAUUGUACGAGGAGGAUUCAACUGGGGACUUCACUUUAAAUGGGAUCUUGUUCCUCUUCCUGAGUUAGAAGGACCAGAAGGAGCAACUGCACCAAUAAAGUCACCUACAAUGGCUGGAGGAUUGUUUGCCAUGAACAGACAAUAUUUUAAUGAACUUGGACAGUAUGACAGUGGCAUGGAUAUUUGGGGAGGAGAAAACUUGGAAAUAUCAUUUCGGAUUUGGAUGUGUGGAGGUAAGCUCUUCAUCAUCCCUUGCUCUAGAGUAGGACACAUUUUCCGGAAAAGACGACCAUAUGGAUCUCCUGAAGGCCAGGACACCAUGACACACAACUCUUUGAGGCUGGCACAUGUCUGGCUGGAUGAAUAUAAGGAACAGUAUUUUUCCUUAAGACCUGAUCUGAAGACCAAAAACUAUGGAAAUAUUAGUGAGCGUGUUGAAUUGAGAAAGAAGUUGGGUUGUAAAUCAUUUAAAUGGUAUUUGGAUAAUAUUUACCCACAGAUGCAGAUAUCUGGCCCCAAUGCCCAACCACAGCAACCCAUUUUUAUUAAUAGAGGGCCAAAACGCCCCAAAGUCCUUCAACGUGGAAGGCUCUAUCACCUCCAGACCAACAAAUGUCUGGUGGCACAAGGCCGCCCAAAUCAGAAGGGAGGCCUUGUAGUGCUUAAGGUGUGUGACUAUGGUGACCCAAAUCAGAUCUGGGUUUAUAAUGAAGAGCAUGAGUUGGUUUUGAAUAAUCUCCUUUGCCUGGAUAUGUCAGAGACUCGCUCAUCAGACCCACCACGACUCAUGAAGUGCCAUGGGUCAGGAGGAUCUCAACAAUGGACCUUUGGGAAGAAUAAUCGGCUCUACCAGGUAUCAGUUGGACAGUGCCUGAAGGUUGUUGAUCCACUGAGUAAGAAAGGCUCUGUUGCUAUGGCAAUUUGUGAUGACUCCUCCUCACAACGGUGGCAUUUGGAAGAUUGAGGUGGAGACUUCAGACUAGAAUGGUGUGAGUCCCUAGGCUUUGCCUCCUCUGUAAAAUGUGGCACCUUACAAAGAAUAUUGAUGGUACAAGAAAAUCCUGAACUGAUUUCCUAUUAUUUGGACAGAACUAUCUUUAAGAGGAUGAGCAUUUUUUUGUCCUAUGGAGAUGCUUGGGAAGAUAAGGAGAGGUGAGACAGCAAAUACAGUUGAGACCGGAGAACCAUGUUGCCAUCAGUAGAUGAUGAAGUAAAUUUCACCAGAAUAUUAAUGUUGUUUCUGAGCUGCUAAGGAAUUUCUUGCUUAUAGAAUAUAAUUUCAACUUUAAACACUUGUUUUUGUAUAAAGAACCAAAUGCAGGAGAUUGGCAUUUCUGUACAAAAUCAUUUGUUUCUUUUUAAUCCCUUUUAAUGAUGGAAUGGCAUUUGGGGGGAAAAUUGUCAUGCUUAGAAGAAGUCAUAGGAGACGUUAUAUUUUUUACUUACUAUAUUAUCAUUGGUUUACUAUGUCCUAAAUAAUAGAUAAUUUAAAAAGCCUUAUUGAAUCCAUGUUACUUUUAACUUCAGAAAGCAUCUGUAAGAAAGACAAUAUUUAAGAAGCAGUUAAGUAUUAUAAAUUAUUUUGAUGAAUUAUGAUACUAGCUACAUUUAAUAAAGGGUCCUUUUUUGAUUAUUUAA